AUAUAUAUAUAUAUAUAUGUAUAUAUGGAAAUAAUUCCAAAAGCCACUCAUCUUUACCAAAUAUAUAAGGAAAGGAAAGCAAAACGCAAUUAACCCAUUAAGUUUCUAAAUCCCAACACUUUGGAAACUAUGCAAUUCUUUAGCCAUUGAUACUCUCACACCUAUAUAUGUUACAGUAAUUCUUUUCCUACACUCAAAAAAUCACAUACAUUAUUGUGACCUCCAACAACCUCUGUUUCUCUCUCUAAUGGGUAGUUUUUCUUGUGUUGCUACACUAAUCCUGCUGUUUGCACUGCUGAAUCAAAUACAUGGUAGGAUUGGAACGAACGGCUGUGAUGUAUUCCAAGGGAGUUGGGUAUAUGAUGAAUCGUAUCCACUGUAUGAUACAACAAAGUGUCCGUUCGUAGAGAAAGAGUUUGAUUGCAUAAACAACGGUCGUCCAGACAAAGACUACCUCAAAUACAGAUGGCAGCCCUCUUCCUGCUAUUUACCAAGGUUUAACGGUGCAGAUUUCUUGAUGAGAUUGAGAGGAAAACGCCUCAUGUUUGUAGGAGAUUCUCUGAGUCUCAAUCAAUGGCAGUCAUUGACUUGCAUGCUUCAUGUGGCUGUACCGCACGCCACCUACACCUUACAAAGGACUGAAGGCCUCUCUACCUUCACAUUUCCGGCGUACAAUGCUUCAAUUAUGUUCUUACGCAAUGCUUUUCUUGUCGAUAUCACGCUCGAGAAAAUCGGAUUAGUUCUAAAACUUGACUCAAUCCAAAGUGGUACAAUAUGGAAAGGAAUGGACACAUUGAUCUUCAAUACAUGGCAUUGGUGGCUUCACACUGGCAGGAAACAACCAUGGAAUUUUAUUGAAGGAGGAGGAGUUAUACACAAAGACAUGGAUCGUUUGGUUGCAUAUGAGAAAGCAUUGAAUACGUGGGCCAGAUGGGUAGAAUUGAACGUGGAUCCUAUUAAAACUAAAGUCAUCUUCCAAGGUGUAUCUCCGGAUCAUGCCAAUGGAAGUUAUUGGGGACGUCCAAAUGCAAACUGUGGUGGAGAAACGGAACCCGUGAUCGGCCUAACGUAUCCGGGAGGUCCACAUCCAGCAGAGUUGGUGCUAGAGACGGUGUUGAGGGGAAUGUCAAAACCAGUGUAUUUACUCAACAUAACCCCUCUUUCUCAACUUAGGAAAGAUGGGCACCCAUCUGUGUAUGGGCUAGGAGGUCACCGUGGCAUGGACUGCAGUCAUUGGUGCUUAGCUGGUGUUCCUGAUACUUGGAAUCAACUCCUAUAUGCAGCUCUCAUUUGAAAAGUACACCAUUUUAUUUUACUUUAAAAAAAAAAUCAAUUAUUGUCAUUAUAUUAAAUAAAUUUCCUUUCAA